CCGGGGCUGCAGUUGCCAGGAGCUGACGGGUGGCCAGUGGUCAGAGCUGCCUCGGGAGCAGUUUAACACCGACCCUCUCCCCUCCCAGUGCUCAGUGUGAGUCCGAGCUCAGCCGAAGCUGCCCCGAUGUCUCAGGCGGCCGUCAAAGCGGACCUCAAGGAAUCUUUGGAAGAAAGUCCAGCGGCAGACACUGACAAUGAAGCGCAGCAGGAGAAGAUGUCCCCGAAAUAUAUCUUCCUCACCAUAUUCUCCUGUUUCUGUCCGUCUUAUCCCAUUAACAUCGUGGCGUUCGUCUUUUCGAUGAUGGCUCUACACAGCUACAAUGAGGGAGAUAUCGAUGGAGCCAAAAAGCUAGCACACAUAGCAACACUGGUUGCCAUUGCAGCCAUUAUUAUUGGAUUAUUAAUUAUCGCAGUCUCUUGCAUCGUUCACUUCUCUCUGCAUCACUGACCGGGUAAACAAUAAAGAAAAUGAACUGUUUUGGAAAUGCACCAGCAACUAUCUGAGAGAGAGGAUGAAGUUAACGUGUAAUUAGCGCCGGCCGUGUACAGUUUUUAUUGUAGUUGAUGUGACCCUCUUACUCAGCUGGCUACAGUCAGACCAUUGGACAGUCUUAAAACCAGUUCCCACCUUUCAGAAGGGAAAAAUGAAAUACUUUUAAACCUUUGCUGUAAUGUAAGUCUCAAGAAAUCUUUUUUCCACCGAAUCUGACAGCUGGAUAAUAACCGAGCUGCAAUAGCAAUUAGAGAAACCUUUGUUUUUAAAGAAGAUCUGAUUAUUUAUUCACUGCGCAAGAUUUAGUGCGAGGCAAAUUCCCAUGUGCAAGUGAUCAUGUCAUUUCUAAGAUAGUGUGACCCACUCUAUGUGGCUGUAUCUCAUCAUGGAUGUUGUUAAUAAUUUUAUAGAUAGAUAAUAGAUAAGAGUCAGCACUUACCAUAUUUGUAAAUGACGUGGAACAGAUUUAUACUAAGUUCCUGUCCAUAUUUUAACAGAGAUAUGUCAAUGUUAAUUUGAAUAGUCAAAUGCCUCAUGACAUAGCAGAAACAAUGAUUUUCAGUGUAGAUCUAUAUGCUGUCACUGAUCUCAAUUUCAAGAUGUGCAAUUAUAUAAUGGUUGGUGAAAAUUAUUUACUGAGGUACCUUAUUUGGUGAUGCCAUUUGCACAUUGGUAUCAACACCCAACAGAAAACACCAUAUCCACCCAAUAUAGCCCUUAGCAAAUACUCGAUUCAUCAACUCAAAUUGUUCCUGGAGUUUUUUUUUAGAAGUUUAUUCAUGGGAUAUGAGCAUUGCCAGGUCAGUUGACAUUUACUGCCUGUUCCUAGGUGCUAAUGAAAAGGCAGUGGUGAAUCUUCAGUUAGAAUCACUGCAGUCCAUGUCAUGGACAUUCUGCCAGGGUUAAUAAUAGGCUUCACCUAAUAUCACACAGUAUAAGGCACUCUUAACCCCAAGUGAAACCCAACUUUAGACAGACAGAGUAGAAGAUCAUAUAAUUUCAUGGAUGGGUAUGUGAUUCAAAAGGGCAGUCACUGGUACUUUAUUGAAAUGUUAAUGACUGGAAACAAAGACCAGUCCACUAGUACUUCAAAUCUUACUGCCUGGAACAUAUCCAUCUACACGGAUAACUAUUGUUGCAAUUAUAUUUUCCAUUUACAUAACUUUUACAGCUGCUCAUUCUGCAGUGAGGGAAAAAAGGAGUGGAAAUUUCAGACUCUGUUCUUGCUUCAUGUUUACAAAUUAAAUUCUCUACCAGCAUCAGCUGAAGUGGUAUUUAGCGACCGUUCUGAUGUGUCUUUUGUAAAUAAAAUGGUGACUCUGGUACAAUAUCAAAAAAAGGGUGUACUUUAUAAUGACAGGG